GGCAAAGUACCGUUCUGCUUCCGUUCCGCUUCCGUUCCGCGUUCGGUGUGAGUCCCGUGUCAGAUGGACUGGAAUUUUGUGUCUGCUGUUUUGUGUUGGCCUGUGCUUAGUUUUGUAAUUUUAGUCUUAACAAACUGUGACAAAUGUGAUUCAAAAUAACAGUAAAAGUGAUGAAUAAUUACUUGUUACAUGUUAAUGCUAUAUCCUGCAUGUGGCCUGUAACUGUUUUAUUUGCAGGAGAGAGCAGCAUUGACUUCCUGUUUGACUUUCUGGAGGUAUCGCAGAGCCUGCUCGGAGGAUUUGAUGUCGUAGACAAUCGUCCCAGAGCUGGUGUCAAUGGUAGUCUGACGGUAACGCUAACUGGGACUAACUCUGCCACGGUGACAGAAGUGAUUCUGGUUAAGUCAUCAGGGUCAGGACAAGUUAAUGGCAGUGUGAAGGCGCAAGGUGGAGGAGACUUUUUGGCUCACUUUGACGUGAUACCAUCAGAGGACUUUGUGGUGGUUGUGAAGGGGCGAAACAUCAAUAGCUCCACCAGAGCGCUCCCAGUGAUCUUCCAGAGACAGUCACCCACCAGCAUCAGAGCAUCUACUCUGAGUGUUACUGCUGACAAUUCAAAUAACGUCUUAGUACCGGGCAUACCACUUUCAGUUCCCUUUACCGUGACGACCAAUGGAACCGGAGGAGACUUCCGUAUCCAGGCUACCAAUGACCAAGGUUUUACUUCAAAUUUCCCAUCCACCUUAUCCCUGGUAUCUGGAGGCAGUGCUAACGGCACAGUGAACCUCACAGCCCCUCCUAACACUGUGUCUGGUACUGAGGUCACCCUGACUGUUGAGGCUCAGGCUCCAGGAGGCACGGACACCAACUAUGUUGUUCUGCGUUUUACUGUCCUUACAACGGUGACUGAUUUCACUCGGCCGGUGUGUGAGCUUGUCAGCCUGCAGUCUAACUGCUCUGAAAACUGCAGCUUAUCCAUGUGGGAGCUUUCUGUUCAGGUUACAGAUGGAGCUGAAGGUACGGGUAUCGACCGCAUUACCCUCAAACAGGGCAAUGGCACCGUGAGCACCAGCCUGGCCACCAGCAACAGCACCAUGAACACCAGCCUGGCCGCCGGCAACAUGAACAUAACACUGGUGUCCUACAACGCGUCUUGCUGUUCACCUGAUGUGGAUCUGCUGGUUGUGGAUCGGGUGGGAAACGUAGGCUCCUGUUUCUACAGCAUUCGGAGAACAGCCACCAACAACAGCUCACAAGUCAAUACAACCAGCAGCCCACAAACUACACCUGAAACUCCAACUCCAACAGCUGAAACUCCAGCUUCAACAGCUGAAACUCCAACUCCAGCACCUGCUGUGUCUUCAUCUACCAAAACGGUUCAGUCGCUUCUUUUUUGCUUUAGCCUCAUGAUCGUAGGGCUCAACUCAGCAUUUAAAUGGGGAUAAAUUGAGUAUUCACUUACAUGACAGUGUGGGGAAGAGUUACAUUUUAAAACUUUGGCUUUCAGAUUUGGAAAAUCAUCGAAAUACUCAGCUGCCAGUUUAUUAGAGGACAGAGGCAGAAGAUAGGUGAAACUAAUGCAGCCCUGCAAAAAAUCCUGUGCAUUAGUUGUUAAGUGCUCAUUUUGUAUGAUCAACUUGAACCCCAGCAAAUGAAGAUGCUAGAAAUGGGGAAUGUUUUUGUUUCAUGGUGUAAAACUGACAAACAGGUCCUCUGAAGACACACCAAAAAGUCCAAGAAAGGGGUGCCGUUGAAUUGUCUGAUGCAUAAUCUCUGAGUAGACCAGAAUGCUGGACCUGACCAGAGGUGGUGAAGACUGGCAGGGGCUUGCUUGCAUCUGGUGUACAGUCUUAAAUAGAAUGAGGCCAUGGCUUGCACAAAUGGACAAAGAAUGAAUAUAAAUGGGUGAACCUAAUAAGCUAGCAAUAGAGUGAAUGUAGGACUGUGUGAUUAAUAUUACUUUAAAAUAUAUUUUUUUAAUUAAGCUAUUGCAAUAUUAACUACUGUACAUUAACCACAUGCACUGCUUAAUGUUACUAUAAAGACUUAAAGGAGCUGUGAAUGUGAUUAUUAAGAUAUUGUAGGUGAUCAUGUCAAUUAAUUAAUGACACAGAUUUCUUUUUUGUAUUUGAUUGUCUAACAUUAAAUAUU